AUGGCCGCCGCCGCCGCUGCCUCCACGCCGCGGAACCACCGCUCGCCGCGCACCAACACCACCAGCUCCUACCCGGCCGCCUACUCCUACUCCACCUCCUACUCCACCGCCUCCUCCUCCGCGGCCUCCCUCGCCGCGCUCCGCGACUCCCUUCCGGAGGUGCCGCUCCUCUUCACCUUCCACGACCUCGCCGCCGCCACCGCCAACUUCUCCUCCUCGCACCGCCUCGUCCCCGCCGCGCCCUCCUCCUCCAACUCCUUCCGCUGCUCCCUCCGGGGCCACCCGGCCGCCGUCUUCCGCCGCCCGCUCCGCCGCGACGCGCGCGAGGUUGCCGCGCGCCUCGCCGUCCUCGGCCACUGCCACCACGCCGCCAUCGCGCGCCUCCUGGGCGCCGCCGCGUCGCCCGACCGCACCACGCUCUUCCUCGCCUACGAGCUCGUCCCCGAUUCGGCCCCGCUGUCGGCGCUCCUCCGGAACCCCAAGAACCCGUCCUUCACCCCGCUCGCCACCUGGCACUCGCGCCUCCAGCUCGCCGCCGACGUCUGCGACGCGCUCUACUACGUCCACCUCCAGGCGGACACGAUCCACAACCGCCUCUCCGCAUCCUCCGUCCUCGUCUGCGGCGACGGGCCGCUCCCCCGCGCCAAGAUCGCUCAUUUCGGCGCCGCCGACCUCGCCGGCGAGCUCCCGGUCGAGCAGAAAGACGACAUCGAGGAGUCCUCUUCCAGGGGCAGCAGCUCCGGGUCCGGAGGCCACCGCCGCAGCAGCAGCCGGGGGAGGCGGAUCGAGGGCACGCGCGGGUACAUGGCGCCGGAGCUGGUGGCGGGCGGGCCGCCGUCGCCGCGCUCCGACGUGUUCGCGCUUGGCGUGGUGCUGCUGGAGCUGGUGUCCGGGCAGGAGCCGGUGCGGUACGAGAUGGUGAACCGGGGGACGGGCGAGUACCAGAGGACGUCGCUGAUCGAGACCGCGGAGGCCGCGGCGGCGGAGGGCGGCGGUGAGGGGAUGCGCCGGUGGGUGGACCGCAGGCUGAGGGACUCGUUCCCCGUGGACGCCGCGGAGUCGCUGACGGCGCUGGCGCUGCGGUGCGUGGCCAAGGACCCCCUGGCGCGGCCGGACAUGUCGUGGGUCGCCGCCAAGGUGUCCAAGCUCUUCCUCGAGGCGCAGGAGUGGGCCGCCAAGUUCCGCGUCCCCACCGACAUCUCCAUCUCCAUCGCCCCAAGGUGA